ACCCGUGUCAGUUCUAGUGGCGCCGCAGGAAGUCGAAGAAGCCUAAUCAAACACGGAUUACCAUGAGGCGGACUAACAACAAAGCUCCUCUCUCAUGGAUUUCUUGACUGUUUUCAGGGAAAACAAUCCAGGCAGGUGUUAACCUGAAAUGGACAAGCAGACUGAGGCAGCCGCAUCGCUAGGAGCAGCAUCGACAAGUCCUGAGUCAGUCGUGCCCGUGACCGACGCAGCUGAAACAGGCGCGGGAAGCGGGGACGCGCUGUUUCGCUCUGCAUCCGUCAGCUCCGCCGCAGCUCGUCUGUCUGCCUGUUGUCAUGGAGGAGCCAAGAUGGCGGUCCUGGCCUAUAGCCUGGGCAAACGGGAAAUAAAUCACUAUUUCAGCAUAAAAAAUGCAAAAUUGUUGUCAGUCGCCGCCGUCAUCCUUCUUACGGUGUUUCACGUGGCUUCUCGACAUUAUGGGGGCAGUGACACGUGUGAUUGGCUUUUAUCCAGUGGACGAUUUUUAGGGGACAAUGUAUGGCAGCCGUAUGGCUGCAUGUUACACAAGUACAAAAGCAACGAAGCUAAGGUAUGCCUCAGAGAGAAAAGAAUAGCAUUUGUAGGAGACUCGAGAGUACGUCAGCUUUUCUACUCUUUCAUCAGGAUGAUAAACCCUGAAGUGAAAGAAGUUGGAAACAAGCACGAAAACAUACCCUUCGAAAAUGAUGAAUCCAUGGUGGACUUUCUUUGGUAUGCUGAAGUGAAUGAUUCCUUAAAAGAGCGGUUGACAUCAUGGGCAGAGGGAUCCAUGCCCAGACCACAUGUAAUUAUCCUGGGUGCUGCAACAUGGUCCAUCAAGUUGCACAAUGGCAAAAACGAGGCACUCCUACAGUACAGAGCGAACCUCACUGCUAUAUCAGACACCCUGGAUAAACUAACUGAACAGAGUGAAGUCUAUUGGGUUCUGCAAGAUCCUGUUUACGAGGACCUGCUAAGCGAUAGUCGAAAGAUGAUAACAAACGAACAAAUAAACCUGUACAACGAGGCUGCAAUAGAUACUCUAAAAACCAGCAAGAAGAAGGUCAAGUUCCUGGAAGCCUCAAGGCAAGCUGCCAUGGAGACCAUUUCCAAAUCAGAAGAUGGUCUUCACCUUCCUGAGAGAACAAGAGAUGUUGGCGCUAUGGUACUGAUGAACUCGAUGUGCAACAAGAUCCUAAAGCCCAUCGAUGGCUCUUGCUGUCAGACUGCUCCUCCCCUGAGCAUCCUUCAGAAGCUAGCUGCUGUUCUCUUCUUGGUCUUCAUCAUCUUCUUUCUCAUACUGGGCUAUACUAAGCAGGCCCAUAAAAGCAGGCCCAUUCCUGAUGUUGAAAGCUUGGAGGAGAAGAAACCCCCUUCUGCCGGAGGUCACCUGAGCCUGAAGGGACCUUUUUUGGCCAUUAUUAAAAUGGGCCUCAUCAUGUUGUACUUCUACAUGUGUGACAGGGCAGACAUCUUUAUGAAGGAACAGAAAUUCUACACACAUUCGACUUUUUUCAUCCCUCUCAUUUACAUCUGUGUUCUGGGCAUCUUCUACAAUGAGAACACCAAGGAGACAAAACUCUUGAACAGAGAACAAACAGAUGAAUGGAAGGGUUGGAUGCAGCUGGUUAUCCUUAUUUAUCACAUUUCUGGAGCCAGCGCUUUUUUACCUGUGUACAUGCAUGUGCGUGUCCUGGUAGCUGCGUAUCUCUUCCAAACAGGAUAUGGGCACUUUUCAUUCUUCUGGUUAAAGGGUGACUUUGGUCUCUACAGAGUCUGUCAGGUUCUCUUCAGACUCAACUUUCUUGUGGUGGUGCUGUGUUUGGUUAUGGACAGGGCUUACCAGUUUUAUUACUUUGUGCCUCUGGUCACCUUUUGGUUUGUAGUUAUUUAUGCAACAAUGGCAUUGUGGCCACAGAUUCUUUACAAGAAAGCUAAUGGUAGUGCAUUCUGGAAUCUGGCACUUUUGUUAAAACUUCUAAGUUUACUUAUUUUCAUUUGCGUCUUCGCAUUCUCACAGGAACUCUUUGAGGGCAUUUUCUCGUUGUGGCCUAUUUCAAAGCUCUUUGAGCUUCAGGGCAGCAUCCACGAGUGGUGGUUCAGGUGGAAACUGGACAGAUUUGCGGUGAUCAAUGGAAUGCUGUUUGCCUUCAUUUAUCUGGUGCUGCAGAAAUGUCAGGUCCUGACUGAAAGCAAAGGAGAACCUCUCUUCUCCACCAAGGUUUCCAACUGUCUGCUCUUUGUUUCUGUGGUGGCUUUUAUGACUUAUUCCAUAUGGGCCAGUGGGUGCAAGAACAAAUCUGAGUGUAAUGAGAUGCAUCCCUUCAUUUCCGUUGUUCAGAUUCUGGCCUUCAUUUUGAUCAGGAAUAUUCCUGGUUACGCUCGCUCUUUGUACAGCUCAUUUUUUGCAUGGUUUGGCAAGAUUUCGUUAGAGCUUUUCAUUUGCCAGUAUCAUAUUUGGCUAGCAGCGGACACCAAGGGCAUCCUAGUCCUCAUUCCUGGAAAUCCCACCCUGAACAUUAUUGUCAGCACGUUCAUCUUUGUCUGUGUAGCUCAUGAGAUCUCUCAGAUCACCAAUGACCUGGCCCAGGUGGCCAUUCCAAAAGAGAGUGGGCCUCUGUUAAAGAGAUUGAUUGGGGCAGGAGUCUUUCUAGUGCUGCUCCUUAUUCUGUCCCCGAAAGAGUAACCCAGGACCUAAGGCUAUACCACGUGAAGAUCCUGACGUAUCAGAUGCCACCAGCGAAAAACUUCCUUAUUUGUUGGAAUGUAACACACUUUAUAACCCAGUUUGUCUGUGUACAAAGCUCAAGCGGAGUUGCUGGAGCAGUAAUGAUAUGGGUGAUAAAACUCAAAACAGUCCUGUCAAACCGGAAUUCUGUCUACAGGAUGUUUGAAUAAGACAAAGUGGAGGUGGCCACGUGUACAUUUUUCUCACUUGGCAGAUGAGAUUAAAUUUACGCUCCAUCCUUUCUUGCUUCGGGAUAUGUGUUUUAUGGACUGUAUUUAAUAAUUUAAGUGUAUUUUAUACUAUGGUGUGUUUGUCUUUCCAUUGUUUUUGUCCCUCAUUUUAUUGUUUUGCUGUUCUAUGUGACGCCUAUAACGGCAAAAUGUGAAGGAGUAAUACAUUCCUGCCUCACUUUGUACAACUGCGCCAUCUACCAUCAGGUCACGCACCAAAUGAUUUAAUUCAUAUCACCAGCAGCUUUAACCUCCAGGCCUGUAUAACUUCUUAAGAAAAUGCAAUUCAACCUGAUUCAUCUUUUGAUUAUUAAAAUAUGAACAGCAGGGCAGAUUUCUAUUCAGCCAUAAAACGCUGUGCUUAAUGUCCAUUUCCCUACUGUCAUAAAUUAACUGAUGGUGGUGAAUUUGAUGUUUGGGAUUUCUAGCGACUGCAUCAAUAUAAGAUGCACAAUUGACAUGGAAAAUGGGAUCUAUGUGCUUUUGCCUCCAUUACAAGGUUUUCCAGCAGUAGAUGUUUUGCAUUCAUUUCAGGUGAAUUUAGCCUUUGAUGUGAAUGGUAAACUUGAAAUCAAGUUAGAGGAGAUGGGUGCUUUUAACCACAUGCGUUCAUAACCUUAGGCCCUUAUUUUUCAUGUGCACUAAAUGGGAUGUUUUUCCUGCAAACUUUAAGGCACUCGAGCCAGUACAGUUGUUAUAUCGGUUUACCCUGUUCACAUGAAUUCAGCUUCAUGUCUAUUACCAGUGACCUCAUUAUUUAUUGAUCAGCCUAUGUUUUCACAUCCUCUCAAACAUCUUGAAAAGCGGCAACUGUGUUUGUGUAAAUAAAUAUGAUGUAAUUUUCUUUAAUAUAUAUAUAUUACAUGUAUAAAAAGAUACAUUUACUGGUAAUACUGUUCUGUAAGUUGAACCUAUCAUUAUGUGCCAUUAAGAGACUGAUGCAUUGUUGGAGUACUUGCAAUGCUAGUUACAAAUACUGACACAAGUCACAUUUUAAUUACACACUUUUCUUAAGAGUUUAAUAUUUGAAUUUAAAAGCAGCUGCAAGGCAUUUUAGGAUCUUGCCACUAUGAAUAAGAUAUGUGUUUAUUGCUUGGUAAAGCUGUACAGAUUUAAUUGACCCUCUUGCAACUGACACAUCCAUCUAAUUGUAAAUGUUUGGAUUUGAUUUGUGGAUGUUCACAAAUCAAAUCAUUUGUAUAGUUUGCUGUUUUAUUUAAAGAAACCCAAGGCCUCAAGAAAAAGGGUACGUGUAAACAUUUGUUUUGUCUUAAAAUGUGAAAUGCUUUCUUUUGGAUUUGGUGACGCUUUCAUCUGAUUGUACAGUCAAUGUUAAUGAUAAACCUCUUCUCCAAUAC